CCGGAAGUGACGUAGAUUUCUGCUUUGUUCAGGGUACCAAGGCGACUAAAAAAGGGCGCUUAAUAAUUUAUACGCGUUUUAAAAGGCGCACUACGGAUUAAACCAUGUUCUAUCACAUUUCCCUGGAACAUGAGAUUCUCCUCCAUCCUCGAUAUUUUGGCCCAAAUCUGUUAAACACAGUGAAGCAGAAACUGUUUACGGAAGUGGAAGGCACGUGCACAGGAAAGUAUGGUUUUGUCAUUGCAGUGACGACGAUUGAUAAUAUUGGGGCAGGUGUUAUACAGCCCGGCAGGGGUUUCGUGUUGUACCCUGUCAAAUACAAGGCCAUUGUGUUUAGGCCAUUUAAAGGGGAGGUUGUGGAUGCAGUGGUCACUCAAGUUAACAAGGUUGGACUCUUCACAGAAAUUGGCCCGAUGUCCUGCUUUAUCUCGCGUCAUUCUAUACCCUCAGAAAUGGAAUUUGACCCAAACUCUAAUCCUCCCUGCUAUAAGACGGUGGAUGAGGACAUUGUAAUCCAACAAGAUGAUGAAAUUCGAUUGAAGAUUGUUGGUACUCGAGUAGACAAGAAUGAUAUUUUUGCCAUUGGAUCCCUCAUGGAUGACUACCUUGGUCUUGUUAGUUGAUGCGUCUGUCAAAGAGCAGUCAUCUUCCAAUAUUUUUGUACAUAUAUAUAUAUAUUUGUUUCACUGCACUACCUUUUAAGCAGUGUAGCACUAGAAUAGAUACUUUUUUAUUGUUUAUUUCCUACAGAACAUUAUUUUUAAGCUGGACAAAAUUGGCACAAAAUCUAAGUAAAGGUGUGUUUUAACUGGAUAUAAGAUCAGCACAUGCAGUCUAUAAUGUUGUUGGGCUUGUCAUAGCUAUCUUAAAAAAGAUGACUGUCUUCAUAACUGAUAAGUAAAAGAAAGAAUUUUGCUGUCUUUGAAUUUUGAUGAGCUAUAGUCAAGGUGUUUAAUCGGUUGUCUGUUGUUUCAUCUUGCAGAAAGCUGAGCCUGCUUAUUUGUUAUAUGCUUAUAUGUAUAUUCAGUCAUUAUCUUUGGUUUAAAUGCCCAUCUAAGGUUACGUCCAUGUUUAUCUCAUGCCUGUGCUUUACCAACUACACCAGUAUAAAUUGCUUUAUUUGGUAACUGUAUAACUGGUAGCUUUGUUGGAAUACAUAAUUGAUUGUAUAUACUUUUUAUUACAAGUCUUGUGACCAUAA